CUUGACUUUCGACCAUCAUCGACUGGAUCCGCCUAGCAUGGCCACCUAUACACCGGGCAUCGCCCCCAUCAAGGCCGAGUACAUUAUACACAACCAUCGAGAGGCAGCCCAAAGAGCUGCACCAAUCGACGAUGAUGCCGCCGAGUCGCAUACAGGGCCGGACCCCGCCGCCGGUCCAUCCAAUGGGGCAAAGAGGCCCGCUUCUCCCUCAUCCCCUACGCCAGCAGAUGGGAGCGUAGCUCUCGAGGAGAAUGGGCAUCUCAACGGCGGCGAAGCACCCGCCAAGCUCAAGGGCGGAGCGAGAAAGAAGGCAAAGAAGGCUGAAAUGGCUGCCGCCAAGGCUGCAGGCAAGUCGGGGGGCGGUGGAGGGCAGAACAAGAAUCGCAAAUUCAAUACUAUGAGGGACGAAUUCGCCGUCUGUAACGCCUUUGCUGAGAGGCGCGCAUGUCCCAAUGGAGAAAGCUGCAAGUGGUCGCACGACAUCGAUGCGUACCUCGCGUCCAAGGAGGGCGACGUAUUCCUUCCUUCGCCCCCUUCUCUCCCCUCUUCCUCCUCAAACCCUGCCCUGUCGUACGGCUCUCUCCACCACCUCAGCGAUGCGGAACGCACCGCCUACCUCGAUGAGUGGUACAGUACGUCAGCCCCCUUUGUCACUUGGUCGCGACAAGCACCCGCAACGAUGACGACCUGCCCACUCUACCACUCCACCUCAACGCGCCAGCUCUGGUCCGCAACAGCGCCCGCGACCCCCUUUUGUCCGUUUGGGUUCCGCUGCCGGUUCCUCUCCUCGCACGUCGUCGCAGGGGAAGGGGAAGAGAAUGGCCGUGCGCUGCCGUGGGGGACCGAGGAAGGCGACAUGGCUAGAAGGCUAGGCGAUGAGAGCAAUUAUGCUCGCCCGACCCUGUUCAAGGAGUUGAGGCUGGCAAAAAAGAACCAGAACAGGAAGGACGCCUGGCCGCUGACGUGGGCCAUCCAGGCUGCGCUGGAGCGGGAGGAUAGGGAGUAUCAGAGGACGGGAGUGGAUGGCAAGGGGAAGUUAGAGCUUGACCCGCCAGCAGCGCCCGCUCACACCGCCGCAGCGGAGGAGGAAGACCUCGACGCCCUAGCCAACGGCUCCACCUCGUCCCGCCUGAUGGAUGCCGCAACUUCUCAAUCCUCCUCCUCGGUGGACCGUGCCCGCACCCGUCGCUCCGAAAAGCGUCGCCUCAACUGGCAUCACCACCCUCUCUACCUCGCCCCACUCACCACAGUCGGCAACCUCCCCUUUCGCCGUCUCUGCACGACGUACGGCGCGGAUAUUACCUGCGGGGAAAUGGGCCUCGCUUCCUCCUACCUCGACGGGGUCAAGUCCGAAUGGUCCCUCCCGCGGCGUUGGGAGGGCGAAAAGACGUUUGGCGUGCAGCUCUGUGGCUCCAAGCCCGAGUUGCUCGUGCCUACGGCAGAAGUAAUGGCGCGAGAGUUUGGAGAAGGGCUAGACUUUGUAGAUAUCAACUGCGGCUGUCCAAUUGACCUCGUCUUCAAGCAGGGAGCAGGUUCCGCUUUGCUGGACCACCCGCGCAAGCUCGGCCGCAUCGUACGCGGGAUGGAUGUGGCCCUCGGCGAGGUACCAGUGACUGUCAAGCUUCGUACGGGGAUUACGGAGAAGCGGACCAGCCACGCGAGGAUCUUGCCCCGCGUCCAGACCGAGUGGGGCGCUGCGGCUGUCACGAUGCACGGGCGAUCCCGCAAGCAGCGCUACAGUAAGCGUGCGGACUGGGAUUACAUCAAGGAGUGUGCGCACGAGUUGAGGGAGAGUGUGAGGGUGUGGAACGAGGAGAGUAGACAUGCCGAUGAGGAGGAGAUGCAGCCUAUUCCCGUCAUCGGCAACGGUGACGUCUACUCUCAAUCCGAGUACUACGCCAACCUCUCCUCCACAGGAGUCGACGUCGAGAUGCUCGCACGAGGCGCCCUCAUCAAACCGUGGCUCUUCACCGAAAUCCAAGAACGACGCGACUGGGACAUCUCUUCGCGGGAGCGAUUGGACAUGGUAAGGCAAUACUGCCAAUACGGUCUGACCCACUGGGGAAGCGAUACGCAGGGAGUCAACACGACGCGACGCUUCGUCUGUGAAGCUAUGAGCUUUUGGCAUCGAUACAUCCCUCUCGGCUUGUUGGAGUACGGGCCGGGUGGACAGCCUAGUAUGAAUGAUCGACCACCCCCCUACAAGGGGAGGGAUGACUUGGAGACUUUGCUUGCGAGUGGGAAUGUGGAGGAUUGGGUGCGUAUUAGUGAGAUGUUUCUGGGUAAGGCGCCGGAGGAGUGGAGAUUUACGCCUAAGCAUAAGAGUAAUAGUUAUGCGAAGUCGGGCGAGGAGGGGGAGGGGGGGGAGGGGGAGGGGUAG